UCAGUGAUGGUGUGUGAAGAAUCAUGUGACCCCGAGAAAACCCUUGUAUCCAAUACAUGGUACAUUGAAUGGUGUGGCCUACACAAAUGGCAGCUCACAACAAUUUUCUCCCACAGCAAUAAAAUGUCUUGGACCCGAUUCUAUCCUGCAGGACGAAAAUGCCCGACCACACAGAGCUGGGGCAUUAUUAAUGAAUACAUUGACACCCAAAAAUCUGUCUGUUUCAGGUCGAUUACAGACAUUACGGUGCAUUUUUCAGCGGAAGCCGGCAUCACCCCAGCACUGUAUCGAAGCUGGGCUAUCGAACAGAUCAACUACAUGUUGGGAGACAAUAAACACGAUGGGGGCUGCUACAGCUUCCAGAUCGGCUACGGCGACAAGUAUCCCCUUCAACCUCACCAUCGCGCGGCUUCAUGCCCUGAUAUACCGGCCCCUUGUGAUCAGAGUAAUCUAGACAUCGAUGCCCCCAGCCCUCAAGUCCUGGUGGGGGCCCUGGUGGGAGGGCCGGACACAGGAGACGAGUAUGUAGACAGAAGAACCGAUUACAUCCACAACGAAGUGGCCACGGACUACAAUUCUGGUUUCCAAGGCUCUCUGGCCGGAAUUGUCCAUUUGAUCGAAACGGACAACUUCCCACCAACAAGCAACAAAUGUCCUUGCAAAUCAUAA